GAUUAUCCCAAGCAGCCGUCUGUCAAGGGACAGGGGGAUACACAUACCUCAAAUACUUACGGUGCCUCUACUUUGAGAAUGAGACAGUUCGUUCACAUCUGUGAACGGGCCACUUUUAAAACUUCAAAAUAAACCAUCUGGCUGCGCAACUGUUUCUAAUUACUUCCCUGCCUAGACUGUAAACUUCGGGGUUUGGCACCGGCCUCCUUCCCAGAGUGCUGCCCAAAUCCCGCUCCCAGGCAGCUAAUCGGAGCCGCUGCAGCACGGGGGGAGCAGCGCUGGAGCCGGGCUUGUCCAGCGCGCAGCCCUCCGCGUGUCCGCCCGUCUGUCCGCCCGUCUGCAGGAGCGCCCCAGGUGCGGCUCAGCACAGCUCGCACCAUGUUCGCACCGGGGCUGCUGGGGCUGGGGCUGGGGCUGCUGCUGCUGCCGGGCCCCGCGCUGCCGGCCGGGCCCCCGGCCCUGCGGAGCGCUUUGGGUAUCCCUGCUUCCUGCCGGCUGUCCCGGGCUGAGUCAGAGCUCAGGUGCCGCGUCCCAGGGGGGAAGCUGUGCAGUGACAGAGGCAGGUGCGAGUGUGGAGUCUGCAUCUGCCAAGUGACUGAGUCUGGCAAAUACUACGGUCCGCUCUGCGAGUGCCACGACUGGGUGUGCGAGACCUACGAUGGGAAAAUCUGCACAGGCCAUGGAAAGUGUGACUGUGGGAAGUGCAAAUGUGAUGAAGGCUGGUAUGGUGAAGCUUGUCAGUAUCCAACUACUUGCAAUCUUACAAGGAAGAAAAGCAAUGAAAUGUGCAAGAAUUCUCAAGAUAUCAUCUGUUCUGGUGCAGGCACAUGUCAGUGUGGCAGGUGCCAAUGCACUAACUCAGAAGAAAAUGGACUGGUGUAUGGCAAAUAUUGUGAAUGUGAUGACAGAGAAUGCAUUGAUGAUGAAACAGGAGAGAUUUGUACAGGCCAUGGAAAGUGUUACUGUGGAAACUGUUACUGUGAGGCUGGUUGGCAUGGAGAUAAAUGUGAAUUCCAGUGUGACAUCACCCCCUGGGAGAUCAAGAAAAGAUGCACAUCUCCAGAUGGCAAAAUCUGCAGCAACAGAGGCACGUGUGUAUGUGGGGAAUGUACAUGCCAUGAUGUGGACCCAACUGGUGACUGGGGAGAUAUUCAUGGAGAUACUUGUGAGUGUGAUGAAAGAAACUGCAAAGCAGUGUAUGAUAGAUAUUCUGAUGACUUCUGUUCAGGUCAUGGACAAUGUAAUUGUGGAAGAUGUGACUGUAAAGAAGGAUGGACUGGGAGAAAGUGUGAACAUCCACAUUCAUGUCCAAUGUCAGUUGAAGAAAGUGCUAAGAAAUGCCAAGGAAAUUCUAAUUUACCUUGCUCUGGAAGAGGGAGAUGUGAAUGUGGCCAAUGCACUUGUUUCCCUCCAGGAGACAACAGAGUUCAUGGCAAAAACUGUGAAUGUGAUGAUCGACAGUGUGAAAAUGCAGAUGGUGAUGUCUGUGGGGGCCACGGUAUCUGCUCAUGUGGCCGAUGCAUUUGCCAGGAUGGAUGGUUUGGAAAGUUGUGCCAGCACUCAAGGAAGUGCAACAUGACGGAGGAGGAGAGCAGAAGCCUCUGCGAGUCAGCGGAUGGCAUAUUGUGCUCCGGGAAGGGCUCCUGCCACUGUGGAAAGUGCAUCUGUUCACCCCAGGAGUGGUACAUUUCGGGUGAUUUCUGUGAAUGCGAUGACAGAGACUGUGACAAACAUGAUGGUCUCAUUUGCACAGGUAACGGUGUUUGUAGCUGUGGAAACUGUGAGUGCUGGGAAGGAUGGAAUGGAAAUGCUUGUGAAAUCUGGCUGGGGAGAGAAUACCCUUAAUGGAGGAUGUCAAAGAUUGAGGAGGGUUUUUUUUGUUUGUUUUUCUUUAGGCUGCUAGGACAUUUAAUUUCAGAAGUAUCUGGGUGUGGGUAUGCAUGAACACACACAUACAUGGUUGUAAAUACCUUAGAACACAUUUGAGGAUCUGCUCCUUAAAGAAAUGCAUCAGAAAACUAAACAAGGGUGCACGACAGCCCAAGCUCUAGAGGGUGAAGUCAUAAAAUACUGGCCCUAUGGAACUUCUCCAGAGAUUUUUUGUAAAUUCAGUGGAACUGAUAUUACAUCUGUAAUGACUAUUUCUUUGAGCAGCCUGAGGCAAAUGUAUAAGAAGACCCUUUUUUAAAUAUUGUUUACUUGGUUGUCAUGUCUCCUUGUCAGUAUGCAACAAUUCACCUGUAGAAGAGUAGCACUAGUGGAAUAUUGCCAAAUAAUCAGUUUGAUUUGUUUUAUGGUAUUUGAAAAAAUACAAUAUUUGGCCCUUUUUUUUCUUUCCAACAAUCCUGAUUAUGAGCCAACUCAUAAAUUGAGAGAAACUGUAAAGAAGCGUAUAAAAAUAUUAAUUAUUUUUUAUUUGGUCAGUUGUGUAACUGAGGUCCAAUUUCGUGACACUCAUAGACUGAAGACCCAAAAUGUUUGAAUGGGAACCUUUUCCACAGGAGAACUUUUAGUUUCUGUGGUUGAUAUGUCAGUAAGUUGGUUAUCUAAUCUACAUGUUACAAUACUUUAAAAUACAUAACCUAUAGAAACAUAUGGAGUGACACUAAUAAAGAUAUAAAAGUAUGAUUGGCUAUUUUGCAUAUAUAUUCUGCAACUCACAUGUACUUCUCUUGUACUGUUCUACGUAUCUACAGCUGCCUUCUACGUGUACGGCACAUGAAAUUUUUUGUAUUAGUAACUUUUAGGAUUUUACACUUAGAAAUCACUGUUCAGGACAGAUUGCCCUGUCACACAUGGAAUUUACUGAAUUUAACUGCUUUUGUAGAAGUGGGGAACCUGAACAUCAACCGACUUGAAAAAUCAUCUGUGAUACGCAGUAGCUUGGUCUCAGCCAAAGAUGUUUGGUCAAUGUCAACAAAGAAAUUAAAGUUUUAGUACAGUAAAUACAAACAAAGCAGUGGUAUGAACAAAAAUUUUAUUUUAUUUUCCAAUGGUGAAAUGCUGCUCAGUGUGAAAUUCACAUUGAGUUAUGAACGAUGCACAACUAUUGGGACUUCCCUAACUUAUUUACAUAUGAGUCUCUUAUUUUUUUUUUUGUACAUGUAGAUUUGGCAGCCCUUGAAUUCUUUAGAGCAAAAAAAAAAAAAAAAAGAAAUAUACAUUUUAGUUUCAAAGUGGUUUACAUUUUGUGAAACCAUGAUUGAGCAAGAAAUUGAUUAAAUGGCUCAAAAUUACUUAUUUUAGAUACCAAACUUUAACAUUGUGGUUUAGGUGCCAAGGUCCUGAUUUUUGAAGAGGUGCAUGACUCAUAAAUAAUGGAACUAUGCUAUGUGUUAACAAAAAAAAUGUAUUUCCAUUAUUAGUCUAGAAAUUACUUUUCUUUUAGAAAGGGCAGUUUUGAAAUAGGAAAAUGCAAUGGUACAGAACAUGGGAGAGAAUGCAAAAUUUCAAAAUAAUUUAUUUAACUGCUUUAUUUUUCCCCCGUCCCAUAUAGCUUGCUCUUUACCUACCACUUUUUUUCCCUCUCAACCUGGAUUCUUUCUUUCUAAAAAUGAAGCUUGUGAAGCCUAUGUUCUCAGGGAACACCAUUACCAAACAUCCAACUUAUAUAUAAGCUAUGCAGAUAAAUAACUAGACAUACAUCCCAAAGCUGCUAGCUACUCUCUCACCAAAUAACCAAAGUAUCAGGCAGAGUUCUAAACUGUAUUCAUAAUGCAUAAAGAAUCCUCAAAGUAAAAUUCAUCUUCAAAUUUUAAUUUAUAUUUUAUACUUAAAACCCUAAAACUCCAUGGAGCUCAACAGGAAUAUUUUUGUAAGUUUUAGCAUAUAUGCAUUUUGCCAACCAACCAUAGUGUCUGGAGAGCACAAAUUGUUGAUUUUAUUUAUAUUUAUGAAUAAUGAAUACCGCUGACCUGAAUCAUCUCAUAAUCACUGGGUUUUUUGCAUAUACAUUCAUCUGCUGAAUCAGAGUGUAAACAAUGAAGGAUACAAAGUUUUUCUUGCUUUCCUUCCAUUUAUACUUAGUACUGUAUUAAGAAAAUACUAGAUAACCAAAACUCUGUUCUCAUGUCAGUAGAUGCUUUUGACUUGUUUCAUGGCAUCAAAACAUUUAUACAUACUAUAGAUCAGCUGUGGUAUUUCAGGUACUCAUUCAUAUAUAAAAGAACAAUUCUUAGGUGGUUCCAGUGUCAUAUUUGAUGCAUUUUUGUCAUUUGCUUUAAUUUUAAAUUUAUAUACCUAGAGAGUAUAAAGUAAUUUUUACUUUGUUUUUUUUCUACCAAUCAGCUCCAACCUUUUUGACUACUAGAUGGAUUAUGUAGCCAUAGCAUUUCAAAAAGGGUUAUCCAAGUUGUUUUUAACUUACAUUUAAAAAAUCAGAAUGUCUAAGACAGCUUCUCUCUGUGGUUCCUUUAAAUGCAAUUCUCAAACAAAAUAGUGCUAAUAUUAUAAACCUUAAAGUAUUAACUAAGACUACUAAAAAUGGAAUGUGCACAUUAAUUCUUUUCCAAUUUUUUUUUCGUUUCCUAUAAUGUUGCUUGAACAUUUCCCCUGGUCUUCAUGCUGAGGUAACUGGUGAUGUGACCCCCAGUAUAUCUGUUUUGUGGCUCAUUUCCUCUCUAGAAAAAUGAAAUCGGAAGGAAUAGGAUUAUUAUUCCACAUAUUUGAAUAUAAUAGCAGUAUUAAUAAUUUUUUUUAAUCUUUUUCCCUUAUGUCGUUCCCUGUGAUGGAAUUCCAGAUACAUAAACUGUAAAUGCAGGAAGAGGCAUAAGGAAGUGAAACUUAGUACUUGAUUUUUCAUUGCUAGUGACUGUAAAACCUGCUUCCAGGCCUGUGGCAGAAGGCAAAACAAAAUUGGCUAAAAGGGGACUUUUUACUGAUUAGAUGGUUAAACCUUAUAAACAAAAAGAUAUUAAAGCUUUGUUUUCCUCUUAUGUGAGAAAGAACACAAUCCAGAAGUGUGCCAGUGCUUCUAUAAUAGACUUGCAGGAUUACGCCUAUUGUGUAUAACAUAUCUGUAAUAUUACCUAUAAAAACCUGUGGAUUGAUUUGCUUCUAUAAUUUAUUAACCUGCUUGUGAUCCCUUUUUUUUUCCCCCCACUGGCUAUAUUCUUUCUUAGAAACAUAUAGAUGAAUUUAAUCAUGUACCUGCUCUCACUUUUCUGAUAUAUUGCCCUUGCUUCUUUGCAGAAUCAUUUUGUAGCUAAGUGGUAGAUGAUUCUGGGAUGAAGAAAGCAAAGUUGAAUAUUUCUGUGACUACAAAAUUGAACAAAAAAUUAUUACAUCUUUAAAAAUAAGUCACAGCAUUUGCAUUAGUCAUCACAGAAAAAAACCCUGUUAUUAAACAUUUUAGAAUGCAUUGCAGGAAAUUGGAAUUUAUCUAAAGGGCCAUUUAAAAGAAAGAGAACCUUCUUAUGUAGUCUAAUUUUGCUUCCAUUCCCAUUUGAAUGUAGCUGAAUAAUGUAUUCUUUAUAGCAAUAAACAGAUGGAUCAUCAUGAUA